AGCGGGACGGCCUCAAAACGAACAGAGCCAUCGAACGGUGAAGGUGCGCGCAUCACAACUCUCCCCCGCAAAAACCAAACAGAAAAAAGUGAAGAACGAAAACCGAAAAGAAAACGAAAAUACAAGAAAAUCCAAGCAAAACGAGCCGAAAGACCGUUUUAUUUCUUUUUGUUUUGUGUUCUGAAAGAGAGAGGAAUAAGGCGAGCAGCUGAAAGUGAUCGAGAUGGCGUUCAUGAUGCCCGUGAUGAAGAACAAUUACGAUAUUUACAAGGACACGCGUUCCCGCAAAACGUCCGAAUGUUCGAAUGCGAGUAGUAACGGUACAACGGCUUUGGCCACCGCUCUUGGAACGCCCGCCCAGGGACAACAACAACAGCGACGCCGCAAGGUGUCCGAAUGCAAGUCGGAGAGCUUCGCCACCUCACCAUCGCACGGUCAACUGGGCGUGUCCUCCGCCCACCAAAGGAUGCAAAUGCAGCGCUGCCACAGUUCGCGCGCUUUUCCGCGCAACGCAUCGCGCAGUUCGCACGGUUCGCUGCAGCAAAUGGUGUCGCCCACGCGCAGUAGUCCGCCCAGCCGCUCGCACACCGCAUCUGCACUGGAAAGGCAGGCGGCCGCCCAGGCAGCCGCUAUUAAUCAAAAGCAACAACAGUCGGCCGCUGCAGCUGCUGCUGUGGAAUCUUCCAAUGAUUAUACGAAGUUUCAUUUGCGUUUGGUCGACAAGCUGCGCAAGUCGUUUCGCAAGGAUAGCGGUAAGCGGUCAUGAGAGCAGCGCAAUCACAGCAACAACAACCAAAACUACGACAACAACAAUGCCAGCAGCCGCAUGGCGCUCCUUUCCAUUGCCCACAACAACAACAACGACAACAACGGAGCGGGGUGGAAAGUUUGUGACGGUGCCGAUGCCAUUUCCAGAGGAAGAUCGCCUGGAAGAGAUGUGGAGGAGUGCAGUGCUGCAACGGCACUGGAAGCGUGCGCGAGAUCAGCCGAAGCGGCAACACAAAGAGAACGAGAGAGAGGCAUGGUCAGUCGCUUGGGGAUACGCUUUCGGCGUUACUGUAGAUUCCUGGCCCACUCCCCCCAUGGAGGCGCUGCGCCGCCAGAGGACGAGACAGAGGCGGAGGCUAGCUCCUUGGAGCAGCUGACCGGCAGCAGAAGCAGCAGUCGCAGUCGACGACGGCGCAGCAGCAGCAUUGGGAGCGCCGGCAGCCGGCUGAAGAUGCGACUGCGGCGCUGCACUUCAUCGCCAGGAUAAGAGCGAGAUGGUACUGUUGAUGGUCGGAGCGACAGAGAACGAGAGAGAGGACAGACUGGAAGCGAAGUGCAGAGGAAGAGAAAGAGAAGUGCAGUGGCGUAGCCAAGAGGGAAAGGGGGUCGGGUCACAACAAAGAGUCACUUAACCUAGUUAUUAUUUGACCCCCGGAGAAAGGAAAGUGAGUUGGCGUACAGAGUUGUUGGUGCAAAUUAAAUUGGGCAUAAUCUACAUAAUCUAUACCUAAAUCAAUUUCGGUGUACAUAUGCAAACUACUUAAAUAUCUACAUAUAUAUACAAGCUAAAGUCCCAAAUGUAUAAUUACAUUAAUUAUAUGUAUUUAUGAAUGCCAGGCUUCCAAAUAGAAUAGAGAGCAUAGAACCUAUCCCAAAACCCAAACCAAAACCUCUCCCAAAUAAUUCAAACUUUUUUUGUACCUGCGGUUUCGCGACAAGAGGAAAACAGAGAAUUGCAACUGCCAAUUGCAUUGUAUAACAAAGACCACAUCAGCAACAACCCACAACAAGACAAAACACUUAGGAAAAUAACAAGCAACCAGAAGAAAAGAACCACGGAUUUUUACCCUUCAUUUUAUAAUUGCAUAAUUACGAAGAGCAAUUGACAAUAUACUUUU